ACCCUCCUAAACUACCCGCCACCGCCCACCGGUGACCGGCCAUUCCCCUCCGCCGCCCCGGCCAUGGCGCUCCUCCGCGCCCGCAUCCGCCGCGAUCCCUUCCUCCCGCGCCACUUCUCCUCCUCCUCCUCCUCCACUUCCUCGCCCGUCCCCCCUCCUCCCCCAUCCGAACCCGCCUCCUCCGAUCCGCCCCCGCGCUCCCCCUUCGCCGACAUCCGCGAUCGCCUCCGCUCCCCCACCUCCGCCUCCGCAUCCGCUCCCCGCGGCGCGGCCCCCAUCGACGACCUCCGCCGCAAGCUCCGCACCUUCGCCAAGUCCCAUCCCUCCACCUCCUCCUCCGCCUCGUCCUCUCCGGGGCCCUCCUUCCUCGACGUCUUCACCACCGCACCCUCCUCGCCCCCCGCUCCCAACCAGGCCUCACCCUCGGCCACCCGCACCCCCUUGGACUUCAUCGCGCUCCGGGAUAGCCUCAACAAGCCGGGCUCCACGGCUGGGGGCCUCCCCGCCCCCGGCGCUAGGAAAAUCGACCUCAAGUCCUCCCUCUCACAGCGGAGGAGGCCGGCGGGGCCGGAGGCGGCGCUCGGUAGGGACCUGGGGGCGAAGGGCCCCGAGUUCCUGCGGCAGUACAGCUACGACGACCUCGGCAAGCGGCUGGGGGGCUUGCGGCCCGCGGGGACGGGGAAGGACGGGAAGGAGUGGUUCUCGUUGGAGGAGCUGAGCGCCCGCCUCGGGAGGCUGCGGGAGAGUGACAAGGAGGAGAGGGAGAGGGCGCCGCUGGACCGCUUGGGCAUAGGAAAGCUGCGGGAGGCGCUGGAGACGCAAGCGCACCCGACCAAGGAUCAGAAGAAGGCUGGCGGCGCUCCAAGUAUGGCAACUUUGAUGGGCUUUGUCGGGCAGACGGUGCAGGGCAAGCCUCAAGAGGAGCUGGUGGAGAGGUAUUUCCAUCCUGACCACAUGUCAUCGGCUGAGAAGAUGAAGCUGGAGCUGAAGAGGGUAAGGGACCAGUUCAAAAUGUCGGAGAAUGACUGUGGUUCUGCAAGAGUUCAAGUAGCACAACUCACUACAAAAAUCAAACAUUUGUCAGCUACUCUACAUAAGAAGGACAAGCAUUCUAGAAAGGGACUGCAAGAGAUGGUCCAAAGGAGGAAGAAAUAUCUCAAGUACUUGCGUAGAACCGACUGGGAUUCGUACUGCCUAGUGUUGAAAAGCUUAGGGCUCCGUGAUGUGCCGGAAUACAAGGCCCCAGAUUACAAGAGCAAGAGCAACACCAAGUCCAAAACCAAGAAAAAGAGUAAAAGAAAGAUGAAGGCAUAAUCAUUUCCUCGGCUUUUAACAUCAUGACCAGAAUUGGUAGUUGAGUACGUGCCCAGGCCCUGUAUAUGUCAGCACCUUUUUCCGAUCUCAACUUGCUGCUCUUUCAUGAGAAAAGUUUGUUUUGAUUCGAUUGCCUUUCGCUCUUAUAUAUUGCAGCCCCCUUGUAGCAAUUGUUUUGGACCUUCUCCAAAUUGCUGUGAGUGCUUCCCUUAGUUCUGUUAUGUGAGCUCGAAAAACUAUUGUUUACGGUUGAGGAACAAGCUAAUAAUAACAAGAGAUGAUGCUGAGAUCGUCUCAUUAUUUUGAAUAA